AUGUGUUCAUCAACUACAUUGGCGAUUUGGCUACAAAUUGUUCUUCUUUUGGCGACUAUACAGAUUGUCAGUACAGGAACGUAUUGCGUGGAUGCAUUGGUCUUGUAUUCCUGCACAUACGGUUGCUGCUCUGGUAACUGCUGUUCCGCACCUUUUUACAGGACUAGAGCCUUCUAUAUACCGGUGGGUGUUGUGAUACCCCUGAUUCUGAUUUGGGUCUGCGCGAAGAUAUGCUGUUGUGUCUGGGAAAGACGGACGGUAGUAACGCAAAGGCUGGCUGCUCCAACAACUCCAAUGCAGGUGUAUGUUAUAGACGCAGAGGCGCCGGAACAUAGAAACUGGACCACUUUAAGCCCCCCCCCCCCCCAAUCCCACAACACAGCAAAAAAAUUUUCAGGGAGCCCCUCAAUAUCCCCCCCACUCCCCCCCCCGGAGAAAAUUUGCAGUAGGACUAAUUAUCCUUCUACCUCCCACACGGGUCCAGUAUCCUAG